GGGUGCUGAUGCCACAGAGAAGCGGGGCUGCAGCAGUGUCUCUGUGCGGGGCUGAGCUGCUGAUGGCUGUCAUGCACGCUUAGCCUCUCUGAUGGAGCUGCACCAGCCGUAGGGAUGAAGCUGGCAAGUGCAUCAUGCCAUCAUGCAUCCCCAGCAGAGCUGCUGCUGAGUGGCCCAUUUGUUACGAUGGACUGUGCAGCGAGGCGCCUGACGUUCUGUGUGGUGUGUCGUCACUGAACGCUGACUGCUUCAGCAUGGAGUCCUUCAUCGUGGUAUCAGAGUACGAUUCAACAGGUGCCAUGAGCGAGGAGCAGGGACUUGACCGACAGGAGGGACUGGAGGAAGAUGAGCACAUGGAGCACUGCAGAGAAGAUACAAUCAUGUCUGACAGCAUUGGACUUGAAGAGAAGACCAUCUCCAGCAUUGGCAGGGGCCCGUUAGAUGAGAUGAGGGAGGUGCAAGUCAAGCUAAAUUUUUCCAGUCGAAAACUCUCUCUCCAGGAAAGGUCCCAGUCAGCACAGUCUCCCGGGAGUAACAUAGACAUGAAUGAGCGAUACAUUUACCCAUCGCUCCCUUAUUCUCCAGUCACGUCUCCACAUUCGUCUCCUCGGCUGCCGCGGAGGCCCACAGUGGAAUCCAACAGAGUUUCCAUCACAGGCUUGCAGGACUGCGUGCAGCUUAAUCAGUAUAAGCUGAAAGACGAAAUCGGAAAGGGCUCCUAUGGGGUCGUGAAACUCGCGUACAAUGAAGAUGACAACACCUACUAUGCAAUGAAAGUUCUUUCCAAAAAGAAGCUGAUGAGACAAGCAGGAUUCCCACGCCGCCCACCUCCUCGGGGAGCCAGAGCCAUGCCUCAAGGCUGUUCCCAACCAAAAGGGCCAAUUGAACAGGUGUACCAAGAGAUUGCCAUCUUGAAGAAGCUGGAUCACCCAAACGUGGUGAAGCUGGUGGAGGUGCUAGAUGACCCCAGCGAAGACCAUCUGUACAUGGUGUUUGAACUGGUAAAACAAGGGCCUGUCAUGGAAAUCCCAACCUUGAAACCUCUCACUGAAGAUCAGGCGCGGUUCUACUUCCAGGACCUCAUCAAAGGCAUUGAAUACUUGCACUAUCAGAAGAUAAUCCACCGGGACAUUAAACCUUCCAACCUUCUUGUGGGGGAGGAUGGCCACAUCAAAAUCGCUGACUUUGGCGUGAGCAAUGAGUUCAAAGGAACAGAUGCCCUUCUAACCAACACAGUGGGCACCCCUGCAUUCAUGGCCCCAGAAACACUCUCAGAAACCAGAAAAAUCUUUUCUGGAAAGGCUUUGGAUGUCUGGGCCAUGGGGAUCACGCUGUACUGUUUUGUGUUUGGGCAGUGCCCCUUUAUGGAUGAGAGGAUUCUAAGUUUGCACAACAAAAUCAAGACCCAAAGCUUGGAAUUCCCAGAUCAACCAGAAAUUACAGAGGAGCUGAAGGAUCUGGUUACGCGGAUGCUGGAUAAAAACCCUGAAGCCAGGAUUUCAGUCCCAGAAAUCAAGUUACACCCCUGGGUCACCAAGAAUGGAGUGGAGCUGUUGCCGACAGAGGAUGAGAACUGCACACUUGUUGAGGUCACUGAAGAGGAGGUCGAGAACUCUGUCAAACACAUCCCAAGCCUGGCCACAGUGAUCCUGGUUAAAACGAUGAUCAGGAAGCGCUCGUUUGGGAACCCAUUUGAGGGGAGCAAGAGAGAAGAACGAUCGCUGUCUGCCCCUGGGAACAUGCUGACCAGGAAGCAAGGCAGUGAAGAUCAUCUGAAGUGCAAUGAUUUGCCAAACGUGGGAGAGGAAGAAGUUCUUUCAUGAAAAACAGCCUCGUGGUUACGAUGAGCAGCUUUGUCCACGGCACCUGACGCAGUGUGCACCUGAGACUGGGAGACGUAACCACACCUAAGCCAAAUGAAGCAUGACAUAGCAGCGGUCCAGUAUAAUGCUGAGUGUCAACUUUACAUAGCAGCAUGUGAGAAAUCAGACUACAGCACAUGUCAUAAACAUUGAACAUCUGAGUGUUAAAAAAGUCACCUCACUGAAGCGCGGUGGAUUUCUUGUGUGAAAUGUGUUGGCUGACAUCAGAAAGGUGAGCUGAUGUGAAGGACAGUGAAAGGGUUCACAAAUGACAAACCAGUGCAGUUGUAACAGCUUUUAAGUGGUGUGAAUGCCAGCUAUUCAGUGACUAAUCCCCAUGUUACAUGGGUAUGUUACACCCCUAGAUACAAGGUGGGCAUGCGUAAGUGUGAAGCUUUUGCAAAGUGGCAGACACGGCAGUGAAUUUAGAAUUAUGCACUUGGACUGUUCACGACGUACCAGAAAUGUUGUUGCAUCUAUUUCUUGAUUCCUCUGAAUUGAAACAUUUUUAACUGCAUGGAAAUGAAGCAAAAAACCACCACCUCAGCUGCUUUAACAAAGCCUGCCUCUGUGAGUAAAGUUUUAUCAGUUUGACUAAGAGCAUCUUCAGGAAGUUGGUAAACUAAUGCUAAUUACAGUACUUGAAGACACUGCUUUUCUUUCAGGUCUUGCUGUUGGCAUGACUAGCUGAACGCAUGUUGGGCAGAGUGUUCGGAAGGUAAAUGCAUCUAAGGGCUUACAGUCUGGGUGGCACUUUCUAAUUGCAGCGGGCACUUGAGUGAAAGGUUGUUGCUGGAGUAGCUGAGCUCCUUCUCUGAACAGCAAAAGAAGCACUAAUAAAAGUAGAUUUCUGAAUCUUCUACUUGAUCUAGAAUAUAUAGUGUAACAUAAUUCAGGGUAAAAUCCUUCACUUCCAUGUACAUUACAUGGUUUAAUACAAGU